CUAGGUGGUAGUACCUCCCUGUUUGAUAGCUGCCUACUACCUGUUGGUAGGGAUAAUACUGUAUAAGGGAAAUUGUAAAAAGACCAUGUUUUGUUAUAUGCGGGAUCCUUGUUACAAGCAGAUGAUUUUGUUUAUAAGCGGGGUCCUUGUUGUUGUUAUGGCAGACGACGCAGCGGCUGGAUGAAGGGUUUGCCCAACAUAUCGUACGGCACUCCCGGCAGAUAACCUGGCGACUGAUAGCUGCCCGAAUGAGUCGUACGUCUGGCACUUCAUUAUUACCUAAGACUUCACUUUUAACUGCUACAGCUGGCACUGGGAGGCCCUGAUAACAUAUUAUAUAACGGCUAUUAAUGCUACAAUAAGAUGAGCGGCAGAAGUAGAACUCGUCAACUACAGAUCAUGACGCCCGAGGAGGAGCUUGAAAAUCUAAGAAAUGAAGUUGGUGUUCUAGGUCGUGCAGUAGAGAGUAAAACUGCUGCAGUGGGAAUUCUCAGAGCAGAACUUCAAGAGUGUCAGAGAGAGAGAGACAAAUUCCGAACAUUAGCAGAACAAGGAACACUACACCGUUCAUCUUGCUCCACUGUUUCGAAGCCAGCAUACUCUGACCCGUGCAGAUCAGCAAUGUUAAGUGGCUCAGAUGGUACUUUAGCACAGCUUCUCUCACAGUCCAAAGAGGAGAACAAGAUGCUGCGACAGGAUGCUACUGAAUUACGCUGUAAACUGCACGAUGCACAGGCAGAUAUCAAGGUGUUGCGUGAGGAGGUCCAACGGUCACGAAGCGAGGAAGGUCGACGAAGAAGCCACGCCCACACCACUAUGAGUCAGUUGGCUCAUCAGGAGCGAGAACAGUUUAUAUCCCAAAUGGAGGAACUUAGUACAAAAUGUCAAGCUCUGGAGGGUGACGUGCGAGGCCUUGUGGAGGAGCGGGAAGAACUAGUGAGGGAGCUGGAUGCCUCCGCUCAUAAACUUCACCGCCUAAACUACAUCCUCAACACAGUUCUUGCCAACAACUCCACUGCCAGUACCACAAACCAGCCAAAACGCAUCUUAGAUCUUGAUGCCGUUAUCACGGAAAACAGAUACCUACAGCAGCGUUUAAAACAGUCAGAAGAAGAGAAAGUUCUGGCAAAGAGCAAUGCAUCCAAGUACAAGGCUGCAUUAGAGAAGUGCCGCUCACAUGGAUCGCUCAAGCUAGGCACUUCAGAAAACCUCAUUGUAACACCACAGCAAGUGUGCGAGUUACUUCACGACUACCGUGGGGAAGUUGGAGGAGCGGCCGAGAGUGACCUGAGGAGUCUCUGUGUUGCUCUUGUUGAUGCUCUCAACCAGCGGUUCCGAGCCUUAAGAACUCAGCGUUCUGCCAACAAGGUGCUGGUUGGGCGAGUGUCAGAGCUGGAGAGAAGAUUAUCCACCAUUGGUAGUUCAGAAGACAUGAAGGUGGACGAAGAAGGGACGACUACUGAUGCUCCUGAACUACAGGUAGCCUUACUGGGUCUUAUGGAUGGAUAUGCUCCACCGGCAGGACCAAUUAUAAAAUACAAUGAAGAGGAUGUCCUUCAGGACCCUCGUCUUGCUAAACUCAUCCAAACAAUUAGUUCAGGACAGGAACCAAUGGAGAAGAGUAAGACUGUUGAACACCUAAAUGAGGAGACUGCAGAUGCUAAGUUUAAUGAUACUAUAAAACUAAAUUUGUAGUCAUGGAAAGAAAUUGAGCAUAAGCCAUGAGGAAAAUAUUUCACAUAUUUCAGAAAGCAAAGUGAAACUUGAUUCUGAAAAUAGUUGUUUAGUCAGUACUCCACUGGCUACCAAUAAGAGUGUGAUAGACAAGACCACUAGUGAGUAUGAUAAAAUAGUUGUCCCAGCGAGUGAGAAUAUAGUUGUAAAACAUUUGUGUGAUAGUGAAGCAGAGGUUGAGAGUAAGAGUAGAGAUGUAAUACUAACUGAGAAUGAUGGCACACCCUAUGAUUCAAGGAGUAGAUUAACGGCAACAAGUAAACUAGGUAAAGGAAGCAAAACUGGAAGGAAAGACUUGUUAACAGUGAAUGGUGUGUCUUCUAAAGAAACAAAUGUGCAAGAUACUCAUGAGAAAAAAAAAUGCAAUGUAAAACCUGAGGAUGAUCUUGAAGAAAUCAUUCCUAUUGACCAGCUAGACUCAUACAUCAGAGAAGUUCAGCUCAAGAGAAAACAGUUAGUGAACACUGAACCCACUAAUGAAAACAAACCAAUUGGUGAUGCAAUUGAUCCUCAGAGAACUUGUAUUGAAAGUAAAGACAACAAUAUUACAUUAGAAGGCUCAGAACAAGGUACUGUGGUGGAACCUUUAGCUACACUGGAAGUAAAAGAUGAUGUGGAUGAUGAUGACAGCAGUUUUGAUCUUAAUAUUAGUGAUUAUGAUAGUGACAAUGAUAAUCUUGAUGUUGCUCUUCAAGAAUGGCAGAAUGACUUUGGUAAAGGUAAGGUGAAGAAAGGGAGUCCCAAGAAAACCAGUGGGAAGGAAGGUUUUAAUCUGUGGAGGAAAGAUACCUCAUCUGAGACACAGUUGCCACCUGCCCUACAGGAACUGUUGGAUAGAACUUCUGACUCACUUGAUAAUGACAUAAAUUGUAGCUAAAUGUCCUGUAUCUGUGCUUUGAUAAUGAGAUAGUGCACAAGUUUCACUCUGAAAUUAAACAGUGCUUGAACUGUAUACAGUAAAUCCUCAUUUUUGUGGGAUUGUUUCCAAAGGUGUUGUGUGGUCACAGACAGAGUUAUGAAUCUAAUAGGUAAUGAGGAUCACAUUUCAUAACUAUCAAGACCAUCCAUUAUUACAGUUUUUAUCAAUAGUAUUAUAGCCCCUGUAAAGCACCACUUUUAAACUAAAACAAAUAUUUAAACAAUAAAACUUUAUUAUGGUCGAACUGGAGUAAAUAGUGGAACUACAUUCAUCAUAUUUGCUAUGAGUUGUACAUAAGAAUAAGUAAAUUUGUCAGGAGUGCAAUGUCUUUUACUCUGUUCAUAACCAAUGGAAUGCUUCCCUUAUUUUCCAUUAAAACAAUAGUUUACAAAAGUAUAUUGUCUUAUACUGUACAUGUAUACUGAUUUUUGAGAGCACAUCUGUUAAGGAUGACUGUAUUGUCUCCACCAUUGAAACCGGCAAAAGUAAAUUAAAAGUCUUAAGCUCUGCUCCUAUUUCUAAGUACUGUAGUUAUCAUACUCCAUGCACCAUUAUGGUAUAUUUAUUUUAUUACACUAGUUCAGUGGUAGAACAUGUUCUUUAACCCAAUGGCCCCACACACACAAUAAAAAUUUCCUUCUUACAGAGAAAGAUUAGGAAAAUUAAACGGUGAUUUACACCAUCUCUUUCUUACAGCUCACUUGUGAUGCCUUUAGCUUCUUCUCAUGGUAUCCUUGUAAAUGGAAACAACUAUGAAUAUACAAGAAGGUGAUCAACCCUUAACAGGUAAAUAACUACAUCAUCAUUCUGUAUGUAUUGAAGUGAAAUAAAAUAAACGACAAGAUUAA